AUGGUGAGCGCCUCGACGGGAGUUAUGAACUCCCUCAUGGUGAAGCUGGCUAACUUGAAGGAGGAGAAGAAGGUGCGGAAGGAAACCAACAGUCUCAAGGGCGAGCUGAGCACCAUGGAAGCUCUCCUGUUCAAGGUUGCCACGCGGGAUGAUCCAGAUGUGCAAGCCAAGGAGUGGACAAGGCAGCAAGCCCCCCAAGCUGUUCCGGAGGUUGCUGGACAGGAGAUCGUCCGCAAAGACGCCAGAGUUCGCGGAGGAAAUCACAGAGCUCACGACCGUUUCAAAGACGCCAACGAGAGGCACAAGAGGUACAAGCUGGAGAAUCUGGGGACCAACGACACCCUUGAAGCCGAUGAACAUGGACCCAACAGCGCCAUCAUCCCUACCCAGCUGAUCUACGAGGAGGAGCCUCGCCUUGUGGCUAUCGAUGGGCGGACAAUGGAAGUUGUUGACCAUCUCAUGGGAGACAAAGAGCAACAGCUGAGGGUGGUAUCGAUCCAUGGAUUUGGAGGUCUUGGCAAGACCACACUUGCUAAUGAGGUGUAUCAUGAGCUUCGGGGGAGAUUUGAGUGCCAUGCUUUCGUGUAUGCUGGCCGUAACCAGCACAUACGGACCACUCUGUUGGAAAUGUUGUCUCAAGUCAGCGACGGGCAACCUGCAGGCUUGGAAUCAAUGGAGGAGCAGCAAGUCAUCAAACAACUAAGAGAAUCCCUCGAAAAAAAGAGGUACUUGAUUGUCAUUGAUGAUAUAUGUAUGCCAUCGGUCUGGAAAGUUAUCAAGUGCGCUUUGCGUGAUGGUAUGCAUGGAAGCAAGAUAAUUACAACAACCCGCAUUCACGACGUGGCCAAAUUAUGUUGCAACCGUCCAACUGAUACUAUCUAUCCGAUGGGUCAACUUGGUGAGGUUGACUCCAAAAAACUGCUAUCGAGCAGGAUAUUUGAUUUGGAAAGAAAACCACCAUCUGAUUCGGACGGUUUUCUGAACGACAUAUCCAAAAUAUGCGAUGGCGUACCACUAGCCAUUGCUGUCAUGGCUGGAUUAUUAUCCAGGAAGUUUUUGGAAUUGGCAGAUUGGAAGAAGGUUGAGGAGUAUGUUAUGUCAGGGCUGAAGCAGUACUCCAUGCUGCAAGGGAUAAGAAAGAUACUAUACCUUAGUUAUUCGGACCUUGCAUUGCCACUGAAGACUUGCUUGCUGUAUCUGAGUAUCUUUCCCAAGUAUUAUGAGAUCAAGAAGGGACGCCUGAUAUGGAGAUGGUCUGCCGAAGGAUUCAUCCCAGCAGGCGAAGCAAGUGCUUGGAAAAGGGGAGAAAGCUACUUCAACGCCCUCAUCAACACGAGGCUAAUUCAACCGGUGUUUGGCCACAACGACGACCAGCCUGUGGGAUGCACUGUCCACGGCGUGAUCCUUGAAUUCAUCGCGUCCCUGUCGAGCAAAGAGAACUUCGUCACGACGGACGCUGAAUUGGUUCUCGCUGCACCGCGAGACGCGAUCCGCCGACUCUCCCUCAGCAGCAAUCAGGACGAUGACAUCCUCAAGUCAGAAGCAGACAGUAUGAAUCUGUAUCAAGUCCGGUCCCUUACCCUCUUCAGGAUCGCCAAGUGGAUGGAACCUCACCUCAUAGAUUUCCAGUUGCUACGGGUGCUGGAUCUGGAAGACGUGGAAGGCCUGAAAGAUGAACAUCUUGCUGCUGGGUUAGGCAGGCUGUUCCUUCUCAAGUAUCUGGGUCUUGGCGGAGAAGGUGUCACUGUGCUCCCAAAAGAUGUUGAUGAACUCCAACACAUGGAAACCUUGGACGUUAGACGGACCAGUGUGAAGAACCUUUCUGCAGCAAACAAGCUACCAAAGCUAGCCAGCCUGCUCGCCACGGACGCCAAUGUGUUGCCAGCAGAAGUUGAUAAGAUGCACGAGCUGCAGGAAUUCUCCAUGGUCAGCAUCGGGGACCAAAACUCACUGGAAUGCUUGGCUAAGCUUGCCAAGCUGAAGAGGCUCAGGACUCUCGGGGUGAAGUGGUGUUUCGCGGAUGAUAAUGGCAGCACAGAAGCUCAGAGGAAGAGCUUCGUGACCUCCCUGGGCGAGCUUGGCCUGUCGAGCUCAUCUGGAAUCCCCACCUUUGAGUCCUUGUUCCUCGAUGCUGCUGGCGGUACAAGUUCCCUGGAUUUUCUGGUGAAGUCUUGGGUGCCUCCGCGUGCUCUUCAGAAGUUCAUGAUGACGAGCCCAAACUGCUACUUGAGUGGAGUUCCAGCAAACAUGGCACUGGACACCAGCUCGAGCAUCACCCACCUAGAGAUCGCCAUUGCUCAACUCGGAGACGAGGGUCUCAAGGUCCUGGGCGAGCUGCCGCUUCUGGUGUUCCUCAAGCUUCGCUGCCUACUGACCACAGAGAACUCGCUGACCAUCACGGCCGACAAGUUCCGCAGCCUUCAGGUGUUCAGCUUUGAGUGCCAGGACGGCGGCCUGGGAUUUGUCUUCGGAGAAGGUGCGAUGGCACAGCUUCGAAAGCUUCGGCUCUACUUCAAGGCUGGGGAGGAGAGCAGGCUUCAGGGAGUCGGCCAUCUCUCAGUUUCUUAUCUUUGCCAAGUCCACACCACCGUCUACUGUGCAGGCGUGGAGAUUCUUCCUUCAAGGAUGCAGAGAAAACCAUCACAGAACUGCUAUCCAACCACCCCAAGGAACCCACCUUGGAAAUCACCAAGCAUUAGAAAUCACAGAACUGAAGGAUGACUAGAAGCUGGAAAAAGAAGACUACUUGGCAACUAUUUCCCGAGACAAGGAGGAGCGUGGACUGAAGGAGAAGACGUCGCUUAUGCCAACUUACCCAUGCAGUCUCUCAGCUUUUUCUCUCUAAUCAGAUAAAAUCAUCUAUGCCUUCAUAAAACAGGCACAAGUUUGGGGUUGCCUUUUUAGGCUUUACCAAAUUGGUUUCGUGUUCGUGAUCCAACUUUCAAGAUUAAAUAUUGUAUCAUUCAGAAUACACAACUUUCCCUUUGUUUCAUGCUUCUUUAUUCCUCGGCAAAGUCCUGGCGUAUGAUCAUAUUCAGGGCAGGGGCUCGGAUUCGCUGCCUUUGUGUGGCUAAGUUCCAGCUACAUUAGCCUGACUUAGCCAGUGUAAAGCGUCCGAUAGAAUAAGAGUGGCCCAGAUCGAUCCACUGUGGACGAGCACUGUUCACCGACGCAGCAGUUCAUUGUUUGCUUCUGUAGAUGGCGUACUGUAGCGGUGCACGGUAUCAUCGAUCUGAGCGUUGAAUGGGAAUCUGAUG